AUGUGCAAAGGGCCAGUUGGUCAAUACGCCAAUUACACAGAUGAGGGUAUGGAAAGGGCAAAUGAUAGCCAAUCAGUGAAGUGCUUUUACUGUCUUCUAGCAAGAGUUGACCCCCUGACCCCAUUUGAUGACACUCAGGCCAAAGGUCGCCUCUCCGGGGGUCAGAGGGCAUCACCGUGCACUGGCUGGAGAGGCGUCUCCAUGGUUACAGCACUGGCCGAAGAAGGGCAUGGUGUGGAGAUGAGAAAGAGAGCCGUCACUGCCAAUGAGCUGAGCAAGGGAUUCCUGAAGGCGCUGCAGGAUGAAAAAAGUACAGAUUUCGAUGAAAUCACGUCUUUUCUGGGUGACUACGGACUCUUUCAAAUCCUAAUAAUUGUUUUGCUGAGUUUGAGCGCGGUUCCGUGUGGGUACAUGGGGGUGCUUGUGGUGUUUGUUGCGGAUACACCCGAGUACCACUGCAAAGCACCGAUCAACUCCCCGCGUAAUGGCACAGAUGUGGAGGCUCCCUUUCACGAGCGGAGCAGCUGGAUCGGACCUGACAGCUGUUCUCGAUACAAACGGGACACUGGAAACUGGACUGCAGGACUGAGUAAUGACACGGAGAAAUGUCUGGAUGGCUGGGUCUUCAGUACUGAGAUAUACACCUCAACCAUUGUCUCUGAGUGGGAUCUGGUGUGUGACAAUGCAUGGAAAGUCCCUUUUUCAACUUCAAUGUUCUUUGUUGGAGUCCUGUUUGGAUCAUUCAUCAGUGGUCACCUCUCAGACCGGAUUGGCAGAAAGCCAGUGUUUUUUGUCACCAUGGCCUUACAAACAGUCAGUGCCUUGAUCCAGGCCACCUCUGUCAAUUGGGCCAUGUUCUGUGUCAUCAACUGUCUUAGAGGACUUGGCCAGAUAUCCAAUUACCUUGCAUCACUCAUACUUGGGUCUGAGAUGCUGAGCCAGUCCUCCAGGUUGAGCUACACUCUGCUGGGCCACUGUCUAGGUUUUGGCAUUGGUUACGCCUUGUUACCGCUCUUUGCCUACUUCAUACGAGACUGGAGGAUGCUGCUGGUGGCUACUGCUGUCCCCGGGUUCCUAUUUAUUCCAACAUGGUGGCUGAUUCCUGAGUCUCCACGUUGGCUUUUUCAGAAAGGGCGGGUGGAGGAGGCUGAGCUUGUCAUACGCCAUGCUGCCAAAAGGAACAGAGUCCCUGCCCCUGAGGUGCUGUUUAGGUCUGGCGAGUGCUUGGAACUAAUGCAACAUAAAGGUGGAAAUGAGCGAACAUAUACUUAUAUGGACCUGAUACGCACCCCUAACAUGAGGAACAUUACAGUUCUAGGUGUCUUUAUAUGGAUGUCUGUCGCCAUGGUGUUCUACGGUCUCUCUCUCAACACCAGUAACCUCAAUGGAAAUGUCUACCUCAACUGCUUCAUUUCUGCAGCCAUUGACAUAGCAACAUAUGUUGCCUCUUGGCUGUUGGUUAAUCGAGCGCCACGACCCACUCUCCUCUUCACCACACUGAUGUUCUGUGGCAUCAUGCUUCUAAUUAUAAUGCUGGUUCUUGAAGACAUGCAGUUCAUGAUCCAGGUGUUAGCUUUGGUGGGAAAAAUAGGUGUGUCUGCUGCGUAUUGCUUAAUUUACGUGUUUUUCACUGAGCUGAUGCCCACUGUAGUCAGGAACAUGGGCUUAGGGGUCACCUCCACAGCUGCACGCAUAGGCACCAUCAUCUGCCCCUAUAUGAUCUACAUAGGAGUUUACAACAAGGUUCUCCCAUACAUUAUUUUUGGUACAAUUAGCAUCAUGGCUGCUGUCAUUAGCCUGUUGCUUCCAGAUACCAGAAACAACAAACUUCCGGACCUCAUCAGCCAAGUCAAACCCAUCAGAGGCUGUUGCUCUCCCAAGGAAACAUCUACAACUCAGUCAGAUACAACUGGGCGCUGUAAAGAAAUUACUAAGAGCACCCACAGCUGA